AUGCAAUCUCGUAUGUGCAUCGUACUCUCCGGCCACAAAAAAGGUUACUUGGCAACGGCAUCUUUCCGAGAAAUCCAGAACCCCCAUGUAGGCACCCCCUUAAAACCCCCACGUAGGCACCCCCUUAGAACCUCCCAUAACCCCCAUGUGGGCACCCCCUUAGAACCUCCACGUAGGCACCCCCCCUUAGAACCCCCCAAAACACCCCACAUAGGCACCCCCUUAGAACCCCCACAUAGGCACCCCCCAUUAGAACCCCCUACGUUGUCACCCCCCUUAGAACCCCCCCACGUAGGCACCCUCUUAGAACCCCCAUGCAACCCCUUAGAACCCCCAUGUAGGCACCCCCUUAGAACCUCCCACGUAGGCACCCCCUUAGAACCCCCAUGUGGGCAUCCCCCCUUAGAACUCCCACUAUUCUCCAUUAAAAUCAGUUUUUCUGUGAUUUAUGACAAAGCUCAGAGUUGUAAAACAAGUGGAGAUCGUUCGAAACAGACUCAUGAAAUAUCAAUAACUCUCAAGAAUUGUAAAACGUGCUUCAGUAAUAGAAAUGCACUUCCAGCAAAGGACGUUCAGGUGGAAUAUGAGCGUUAA